AUGCGUGUUAGCCCUAAGAAUGGCAAUAGGCCUUGGAUGUCAUGUGGAGGCAGAUUCGUAAAACAGUGCAUCAGACCGAGGGCCUUCUUCGCUAUAGUAGUGAUACUUGCUGGUGGGUUGUUUCUGAUAGACUUGCCAGAUGAGCAGGUGCUUCGGCCUGAUCCCACGGACUCCGACGAGGACCUCGUGGCCGAUCCUGACGAGGGCGUGGUCGUCGGCACGGCCACAAACUUGUCGGGCACAGCUGCUCUGCCCUUCCUAAAAGGGGCACAGCCUAAUAAUACAGUCGUUGCAGUCUAUCACUUCUUGGACAAUGAGGACGGUGCGUUCGGGGCGCGUUGGUUGUAUGGGGUGGAACAUCCAUCCUAUGCUGAAGAUCACGUCUUUUUUGAUUUAGGUCGCACGAUGGUGGUAGGUACACACCAGGACCUGAACGAACAAUUCGGAUUGAUGUGUCCAUGCCCUUUCCUAAAGGAUUGCCCAAUGUCAAAGGGGAGGUGGAAAUACAACAUGAGACUGCUCCAGAAAAUCUUUGGGGUGCACGAUUUCCCGUGCACCCAAGUCCAUCCUGACGCCAUCGAGAGGGCGAGGAGCCUUGGAUACGACUCGAUUCAGAUCACCAACCACUUUCUGGACACCAAGAAUGUGACCGUGAUGUCCACUCCGCAGGAGACUGCAGGGAACAACAGCAAGUUUGAGAUCAUCGACCUCACGUCCAACACUGUGGCAAACUGGGCCGGGCGUCUGGAGCUGCCUCACUACCGCACGCGUUCUGGGAAGCCGUGCAGGAUGAUGUCGCGGAAGGUGCUGCCCGAGGAGCGGCGCUGGUUCGGCGAUGACCAGCUGCUGCUCGCCUGUGACCAGGGUGCUGGUGCAGAUGCCGCUGGCAGCCAUGGCACGGGCAUCGGGAGCUGCGCGGGCGUCAGAAGCAGAGCUCGCUUCUUUUUCUUCUCGUACCUGGGGUUCGUCUGCAAGACGAGCUUCUCCAACGAGAAAGUCGAGUGCAACCCAUGGGAUCCGGAUCACUUCGCUGCCAACGGAUGCUUCUUCACUGUCCCAUGUCCAGGGAACUUCCGCGGCAGGGGCGGCACGUGCGCCAGGUACACCGGCCGCAGGCAGUAUCCGCCACGCGCGGUGGUGCCAGCGUUCUCCAGCUGCGCGGUGGUCUGGGACCAUGGCCGGCUUGCCGGCAGGGGCUGCGGCGGGGACAUCGACGGCCACGAUGGCGUCUUCAGAGUAGACGUGCCCAGAACGCACGGCGCCGAGCGCGACCUCGGCUCCCGGCUCAACGUCAGCAUCACCUCUCCUGGCCUCGCGAACAGCUCAUCGGUCGCACGGCCGCAGCGGCGCCAGCAGCGGCCCGGCCAUCGCCCCUCGACCUCCCCAACGUCACCGCGGUGCUGCUGGAGGAGACCAGCAGCGAGCUCUGUGACGCUUUCCUGUGCAGCAACUCCACUGCCGAGAAUGCUAACCGCAUGCUCUGUGGCGAUCCUCGAUGGGAACGUGUUCUUGACGAGUUCAAAUGGACGCGCUCGCGGGGUCUCAGGACAUUGGGGGCUCCAGGGCCCCUAG